GGGUACGUUUCCAUGACAACGCGUGUGGGGUUCGAUGCGGGUACACGGCAGGGACAAACUGAACCGAUUCGCGGAAGUGGUUUUAACGGUGAAACGUCAUCAGUAGUUUUAGAAAACACACACACACAGUGUAAAAAAAACAAAACAUCGUUAGAGCAUGUUAAAAAACUUCUACUGAAGUUGAUCCACAGCGUGUUUAAAGUAUGUUUAAGAACUGGGGGAGCUGGCUCGGAAUACAAAACGAAAAUGGACAAGUUGAAGAAAAAGUCGAGUCUGUUGUCGAUGUUGGUGAAGAGCAGGACAGUAAAGUGAACAAACAGACUGCUGGAGCUGGAAGUGAGCAGAGCAGUGAUGUUCAAGAAGACAACCAACCUCCACAACUCCUUCAAACAGCUAAAGGCUUCAGUGGUUACUUUUAUAACAUCGCCAGCAGUGCCUCAAAGAAACUGUCCGAGUCUGUCGUUGAAACAGCUCAAACCCUGAAGAAAAGUGUGGAGCAGGGGAACAUUAAUGGCAUCAUUGAUAAGACCAUUCUGGGAGAUUUCCAGAAAGAACAAGAAAAGUUUGUUCAGGAUAAAAAAGCGAAAAGGUCUGGUGCUGCUGUGCCACCGUGGGUUGGUUAUAAUGAAGAGGAGACCAUACAGCAGCAGAUUUUAGCUCUGUCGGCUGACAAAAGAAAUUUUUUGCGUGAUCCUCCUGCCGGGGUGCAAUUUCACUUUGACUGCGAGCAAAUGUAUCCAGUCGCCAUGGUGAUGUUGGAGGAAGAUGAGCUCCUUCGGAAGAUGCGUUUCCAUCUGGUCCCCAAACAGGUGAAAGAGGAAGUCUUCUGGAAGAAUUACUUCUACCGCGUGUCCUUAAUAAAGCAGUCAGCUCAGCUCACGGCUUUAGCAGCACAGCAGGCUGCUGAGCGGAGGGACGUGGAGAAAACUGGCACCAGUCCUGAGGCUGUUCAUCACAAGGAUGUUGUGAAAAGGAAACCCCCCGCUGCCAUCCGCACUACCAAACCAAAGUCACCCGAGGAUGAGGAGGAGAUCUCCACCAGCCCGCCCGUGUCCGAGUUUGUGAGCGAUGCUUUUGACUCGUGCGACAUAAAUCAGGACGACCUACGCAAAGAAAUGGAACAGCUGGUUCUAGAUAAGAGGGAACAUCCAAACACAAAGCAGGAGGCGACCGCUGACUGGGAGAGAGAGCUGCAGGAGGAACUUCAGGAGUACGACGUGUUGGAUGAUAACGAGAACCGUGAUGACAACUGGGACAAGGAGAUUGAAGAGAUGCUGAAGGAGGACAGUUAGGAGACGCCUACAUAAGCUCCUCCAGCCUUUACUGUUUGAACAGCACCUUAAAGGUCAGGAACGGCACACGACUACAGAUUUAAUGCCACCCCACUGGAAUGACUGGUUACAAUAUUUGUCCUCUAGAGAUCUUUCAACACCACUGAGUAUCAUCAUUAACACGUCGGUGUACUAUUUCUGUGGAUAGAUUUAGGUUUUAUGAAUAAAUAUUUAGUUUAAGGGAAACAGAGAUAUCGUCCUGCAUCAAGUUCAUAAUAUGAUAAUGUGAACGCCUCUGCAGAAUAUUUUCCUCAGACUCGAAAGCGAGAGUGUGUGACCUAACGGCUGCCAGUGUUGCUAAUUAUAGGAUAAUGGUAAAUGUUAUAAAUACUGUUGUUAGACAAGAGUCAAAAAACUGACUCAGCAACGUCUGUUACACGGCAAUAAAAUAUCUGCCUGAUGUUCCCGAAGCUGCUGAUCAAACCACACCAAGUUAAACAUAUACAUAUAUACAUACACAAACACAAGGGGGUGUUUUAUUUCUUUAAAACUGCUCUUUGUGAAUUAAAUUUAACGGUUCAUUUGUAAGAGGAAGAAUGUCGCUUUCAGGAUACAUUAAGUUCAUUCUCAUUAAAACAUCCAGAUAAUAAACAAAUAAAUUCGACUUACUUGCUUAGAGAUCAGACGCCUCAUCAGUUGUCUGCUGCAGAAAUAAGAUUUCAUUUGACCAGUAAAGUGUAUUUUUUGUAUAAAGUUCAUCCUGUGACUGAGCCAACCCUUUUUUAAUAAAUGGACCUGAUAACAGUAACCCGACCAGCGUCCAUGUUGCUCCAAUGACACAUCAUGCAUGUAAUGGGCCCUUUGUAUUUUAUCCAAAUGAUAAGAGGUAGGACACAAUGUGACUGAACAUAUAUGUUUUUUUGUGAUUGUCUCCACAUGCACACAUAUACUUUACUGUACGCUGGAGACAUGCCACUCCAAACAAACUUUAUGUUUUCCCAUUUACACCAGAACUGAUCCAUCGUCUUGUGUUUGUACUGACUGUUUAUGCAACAUUUUUAACAUUUUUUAUUAAACAUAAACAUUUAUUACAA